AUGGAACAAAUCGGCAUUUCUAGAAGAGAACAAUCGCUUUCUCCAAGAAGUGCUGGCCAGCGUGAAAUCCGUGAUAGUCGUGAUAGUCGUGAUAGUCGUGGUUCUUAUGGUAGAAGCGGUUAUCGUGAUGAUAGAGGAUAUCGCGACUAUCGAGACUAUCCUUAUCCUUACGAAAGAAGAGGCCCUCCGAGGAGAACUAAACCAAUUGAUCGUGGCACUGAAAAAGAAAGGAGCGAUACAACGACACUUUAUGUUGGCAAUAUACCAUAUACAUUUCAUGAGAAUGAUGUGGCUGAUAUGUUUGAAAGAUAUGGUCGGUUGAGGAAAGUCACCGUUCAAAUUGAUAAUUAUACUGGAAGAAAUAAAGGAUUCGCCUUUGUAGAAUUUGAAGAUAGGAAAGAUGCAGAAGAUGCGUAUGAUAAAUAUUAUGGUUCCAAUAUUGAAGGUCGUAGAUUAAAGUUAGAUUGGGAUAUUGGGUUAUCUAGAAAAGAUCAACACCGUAAAGAAAAAACUGGUUUUUCAGAACGUCCAAAUUAUGAUUCAUAUGAUCGUGGAACUUCACCACCUGAAGUAAGGGAAUUAAGUCCAAAUUAUAGAUCUGGUGCUCAUUCAUCAAGUCCUUAUUCCCAUCAAUAUUAA